AUGGCUCUGCGUUACCUCUUCGGCGGAGUAACCCACACCGCUGUCAACCAUACUCACCUCAUGCUCAAGCCCUAUAUUGGCUUCUAUGCACUGUUAAAUCACAAUGCCUUGAUCCCCAUUUCUUCUUCUUCUUCUUCUUCAGCGUUUGUAUUUCUCCAUGGCUCUCCUUCUUUUUCUUCUGCAAACCCAAUUUCAGGUUCACAAAGUUGUACAACAUCACCCCCAUGUGGUGGCACUUGCAUUUACAUGGGUGCCCACGAGGAUGAUUGGAUCAUCAGACUCGCCAAGUUUGCAGUAGAGCAGCACAAUUUCAAAGAGAGUAAGAAUCUUCAAUAUGUGAGGGUGUUGGGGGCAAGCCACACUAUGGUUUCUAGCAUAUUGUACCAUAUUACACUGGAGACAGUUGAUGCUACUAAGCCUAAGAUUUACCAUGCAGUUGUUUGGUUACAAAUAUUAAAGAACUUCAUGGAGUUGCUUGCGUGGAAGCCCGUUAAUGACCGCUUGUCGGUUCUUGGUGUUAAGUCCGGAUUCUUGUGCUUUUCUCAAUUUGCUAAACACUGCAUCUGCAUGUUCCCUGAGAAAUUGUUGGAAAAGAAAACAAUCCAAGGAUCCAUGGAACAACCAACAACCAUGACCCUGUACUCGUGUCUUCACAUAGUUCUCAGUGUAGAUAGCUUUGGUAGCAUCUUCGUAAAGGAAUAG